AUGUUAGCAUUGAUACUGAUAUUACGAAUAGCGUUUGCACAACCCCCUCAACAGCAUUCAAGACAAUAUUCCGGGACCCCAACUACAAACUAUAGCUACCCACCACCUCCCCGGGGAACCCCACCCGCCAAUGGAGGCCAUACGAUGCCCCCGCCUCCAUCGAGCCCACCAUCCGUGAGUCCGCAACCAACUCUUCCGGGCUACGCGGGCCCUCAGUUCCCCCCUCCUCCGGUUUCGACAACUCCUCCGUCUUUCGACCAAGAAAAGAUCCAGCGAAAUAAUAGCGCGGCACACAAGCACAAUAACGCCACUGGAGAGCAGCUGGUAUCUCAAUUACCAGGUGCCCCACCACCUGGAGAAUUCGUUGGAGCAUAUGCAUCUACUCAAGAUGACGUUGGAACAUUCAAUGGAGGAAGUUACAGGAUCAGUCACCGGGACACCAACUCACUCUUGACCAUUCAACUAGCAAUGAUGGCUCCUUUGACGGUCAGACCAGGUGCAAUGAUUGCAAUGUCCCACACAAUCACACUCCGGGGAACUAUACAUGUAACCUGGAAGAAGGUUCUUGCGGGUGGAAGUAUGUCUAUGUCGAAAUAUAACGGCCCAGGCGAGCUCUUACUUGCACCGCCUAUGCUGGGAGAUAUCAUAGUUCAUCGGGUUGUGAAGGGCGAGGAGGGGUGGAGAAUUAGCAGAGAUGCAUUCUUAGCCCACACCAGUGGCGUGACACACAAAGAUGCGAGCCAGUCGAUCACACAGGCAUUCUUCUCCGGCGAAGGUCUCUUCGUGUACAGUAUCACAGGCGAGGGAUUGCUUUGGAUGCAGAGCUUUGGCGCAAUUGUGAAAAAAGAUCUUGCCCCUAAGGAGCUUUACAUUGUCGACAAUGGCCAUCUUGUCGCCUGGAACUGCAAAUACGAGAUUACUCGUGUUGCCUCAGGUGGUCUCCUGUCAAGCUUCAGCUCCGGCGAGGGUCUUGUCUGCAGAUUCACCGGCCCAGGAACGGUAUAUAUACAGACCCGAAACCUGAACGCUUUUGCUGCCCAGUUGAAGCUCAGCACGGCCAGUGGUUAA